AUGUUUUCCUCCUGGGCCCAGUUGCCACGGAAACCAGGAGACGCUGCCGGGCCUGGUCAUCCUCAGGCCGGGUGCAGGAUUGGUUUGGUCGGGGGCGCGCAGCAAACGCUCUGCCUCAGAUCAACCAAGAGUGAAGGAGUGCUGUGCAACAUGACGCUAGUCGGUGUGUCGCGUGUUGUCCCCAGUGGAAAAAUCUACAAUCAGAUCUUUGAUGAUGAGACAAAGCUGGUGCGUACUCUUGGGGAGGCCAGAAGCAAGCUAGCCCAGCACAAGUUGCCACAGAAUCCAGGCAGGAUCCCACUGGUGAGGCGAGUGGAAGGAUAUUCCAGCAGCGGGUUUUUAUCGGACCGUCAGCAGAUGUGGGUUGAGGGACUGCCCAGCGAUGACUUCACUGAAAACCCCGUGCUGUACAAAGAAAUCUCAACUCAGGCACUUCAAAAGGCUCAAGUAAGUGAGGACAUAGCUGCUGCCCGAGAAGUCCGAGGCCUUGCAGAAAUCAUUAUUCCUGAGAAGAAAAACAGUGACAUAAUUGAACGAAUCUCAAACACCAGGAAAUGCCGUCAUGAAGACAUGGUGGCAGCGCUAAGGCAGGAGUUGGCGAGUCUUGGGAGGGAAAGGGAGCUGAGCAUUCUGGAGCCUGGGAAAUGGUUUUUGACGAAGUUAGCAGGGUCUGAUAAAAACCUGGUGCACCUUUUCCAAAGAAUUGAAAAUGGUUCCGACCUGGAGACCUGCAGCAUACAGAACUUUGAAGAGGUGUGGGAUCUUAUCUCUCAGGAGACCUUGCAAAGAAAGCAGUGGAUCAGAGAACUGGAUGAAGCUUUGCGCCAGGCUGAAGUAGCUCGCACAGGACUGAUCAAAGACGUGCUGAGAAAAUAUACCAAGAUGUUGGAAGAUAUUGCUUACCUCUUACCUUCAGAUGUUCACAGGGUCAUACAUAAAGAAGCUAUGAUGAUCAACCAGGCUCUGCUGGCCAAUCGGAGAGCAAUAGCCAGGCUGUUUGUUAAUCUGAUGGAGGCUGACCUGAAGAAGGAUGUUUUCCUGCGGUGCCGAAUGGACGAGAGGAUGCAGGCAUGGAAAACCACACAGAAGGAAUUGAUCGUUGCCAGUUUCAGAAAAUUUAUGGAAGAUGAAAGAAUACAGAACCCAAGCAUUGUGAAAAAGGAGCUGGAGAACAUGCGGCAAGAUCAGCUCACCCUCAAUGAGAAGAGGACGGCCCUUUUAUACUCCCUUGGGAAUUUAUUGCCUCUGACGCAUUCAAAGGCUGAGAUAAAUGAAUGGUACGAAUCUGUGGUGGCUUUAAAUAAACGUAUAGAUACUCACAAUGUUCAAUACAUGAUGAGAAUUCGCAUCCAGUACGAGAAGGUUUGCCAGGAGUGUUUGUCGUACGUGCAGGAGUGCAGGGCAAAGCUGUUGGCAAUGAGGAUUUGUACUGAAGAAGAGGCUGAAAAAAUGAUCAGCCCCAGCUUUUUCCAGCAAGUUGGGAAGGUGCAGAGGAAGUUUGAACAGGAGGUGGAAACGAUGGAUAAUGACUUUGAAUACAUGGCUAAACACACAGAACUCAAUUGCAGUCAUCUUUACCAGUAUUUCCAGGAUGCACUUGUUGUCUGGGAUGUACAUCAGCACAACCUCGUUCAAGUGGAGAACAACCUUCACUCUAAAUUGAACGACUUGCGGAACAAACACGAGAAUCUGAACAAGUUACGGGAAAGUAACCUGGACUUGUCCAUUGACAAACUGAGGACCCUGAGCACUGAAGAAAAGCUGAAGGCCCAACUGGAAAGGAUUUAUGCUAUUUUGGACGUCAUUCGAGCUGGAUAUGAAGCCUUCUAUCAAGACCUGGAGGCCAAAAUAGCACAUUACCCACAGGACGUUUUGAAAGAGCUACUUGCCUACAGUGCUUGCGUCAGCCGAUAUUUUAAUGUGAAGGAGACCUAUGAAGGGAAGCCAAUAGGGAAGCCUGGUGCUAAAGAGGAAGAAGAAGAAGAGGAAGAAGAAGAAGAGGAAGAAGAAAUGGCCGAGGAAGCAGAGACAGGUGAAGAUUCAGGGAACACGUCAGAAUGGGUCCUCGAACACCAGAGUGGAGAGGAGGAGCAGCCCAAUGAGGGCUUUGAAGAAGAGGCCAAGCAGGAGGCAGCUGAGGGACCUGAGCUGACGGAGGAGCUGGGAGAGAUGGAGACAUCUCCUCCAGAAAGCGGGAGAAUGGAGUCUGGGACAAGUUUGGGCCCAGAAAGCGACACGGAGAAAUCUGAAGGAGUGAGCGAAGUGCCAGAGGCUGAGGAGGCCCCUGUGAUGGCAGAGCCCGUGGCACCCACACCGGUGAAAUUCUCUUCUACAUCAAUAAAGCCCUCAGAAAGCAAGCUAGAAUCCUUCACCACUUCAGGCGGAAACACGUACUUGGUGCUUGAAGCUAAAAGAAAAUCGAAGACCAGGAGAUCUGAGAAAUAUUAUGUUGGGAAGCUGAAAGAAGAUCUGCUCCCUUUGUACCUGGAGCAAGUGUACCUGUCCCGAAGUUUCAUUCAAGAUGUGAGAAGACAAAUCCGGCUGCAGUUCUUCGAACACCUGGAGAAGUGGUUUGCUCAGACCUCGUCUGCCUCGUGGGCUGUGAUGGCCUCCAAGAAGGAGGAGCUGAAUUCGGAGCUGCUGCUGCGCAUUCACUUGCAUGAACCAAGGCGGGGGCGCAUCGAGAAGGAUGUUUUCCAAGUCAGGACAGCGGAGCUGCAGUUUCACAAUGACCGCCUGGUGCGCCAUUGUGCCGGGGUGGUCGAGGCGCUGAACCAAGAGAAAGCUGCCUUUCAGAAGCUUCAAGAAGGCCAAAACACGCUCAGCAAGAACUUCCAGAGGAAAAUUCAAGACAUGGAGACCACCUUCCUGACAGAGAGCAGGGCAGAAAAGCUGGUGGCGCUCAGCAGCAAUUUGCACUGUGAGCUGCUUGACCAUGUGGAAGUGAUGCAGGUCUCCCUGCGGAGCUACAGGCAGUACUUGGAGGAGGCUCUUGGGAAACUUCGGGAGGCAAACAUGGACUUCCUGAAAGCCUGCAGAUUAUUCUCAGACGGGGGUAACUUUUCCCCAGAAGAGCUGGAUCACUUUGUGAAACGCCUGCAAAAGGAAAAUGGGCGCAUCGACUUUGUGGAAGGCUUGAUCAUGAUUGACAUGGAGAAAAUGGAGUCAGGCCACUUAGAACAGGCUACAGAGAUUAUCAACAAGUACGAAAGCAGGUUUCAUUACCUGGCCGUAGACCGAGUCUUCAUGCAGAAAAUCCAGCGUUUUUUGACGAACCUGCAAGUGAAAAUCAAGUUGGAGGUGGCAAAAUCAAAUUUCCAGGCUCAGACGUUAAACUCUCAUUUGGAGAAGCUCGCCAGCCGGAUUGAUGCCUGUGCUUAUCCCAAUGUGGACAAGGAAUCCAUCACUUCCGACGAACUGUAUAUGUUUGCCAUGACUGUCAUGGAGGAACUGAAGAAGAGAAGCCAGUAUCUCCACUGCUUGUUGGGACCGGGUUUUGCGGUUCUUCAGCCAGAAGCCCUUACUCAAAGUUCUACUGAACACUCAAGCCACUCGACCAGUUUCCAGCAGGACAGCAAGGCAGCCGUGAUGGGUGUCGAAUACACGUCGUUGAUGACUCCGAGCAAGAUGGGAAAGACCGCCUUUGAUGACGCCGCAAUCAGUGUGGUCAAGCAUCUGAUUGGAACUCAGCGCUUCAAAAGAACUGCCGAGGAGCAACAGCAUGAAAAAGACCACUUGCUGCUUGUGACAGGAAAUGGCGGCAGAGGAGCAAGAGGUGGCGGCGAUGGCGGAGGAGGAGCAGGAGCAGGAGGAGUCAUUGCCACAGGAAGCGCCCCUGGUGACAUCAUCCCAAGCCGAACCAGUCAGAGCUCCGUGACUGCUGCAGCAAAAAAAUCAGUUUCCAGCAAGAAGCUGUCAAUGGCCAGCAUCAGCUCCAUACAGAAAUACACUAAACAAACAAAGUGGGACAAGAAAUUCCUGAUUUUUGGGGACCGGCCAAAAGAGACAGAUUGCCACCACCUCAAAGGGAUCAUCUUCAUUACUCUCUGGGAUAACUUUGAUGUUCUGAUGAGUGUUGCUGAGGAUUUCUACAGGAAGGACAAGCACCCAAUCACAAGGCCAGAAUACCUGCAAGAAACCUAUGACCAGUGUAUCGAGGUUUUGGGUCAGAAACUCCUGUUGUAUUUGGAGCAGGUCAACAAAUACCAUAUUGCCUGCAUUUCUGAGUUCCGGGAUCAGCUAAAGAAGUUUGAGGAGCUUCUCCCCGACAUUGUCCAGUUGGUGGUUGGCAAGCUUUUGAAAGACCACGAGCAACAACUUCUAAAUGCCACAGAGAAGAUCUGGCAAGGUUUACAGGAACAAUUGCAAAAGUGGGACAUGGAGAAGAACAAGAACAAGAACAAGCUACGCCCAACUCUGGGGCACCCGGACAACUUACCCCAGCUGGAAGCUCUGUGCCAGGAGGAGGAGGAAAGGCAGAAGGAGCAAGUGGAUGGGAUCCGUCUCUGCACGCAGAAGCUAGAGGCCUGCGUCAUCCAGAGUGCCCAGAGGUUUGUCUCCGCAUUGGCUGCCUGCACAGAGAAGAUCCUUGGGGAACUGGACAACAGCCUCACCGUUGACGAUGUGCAGACUGGAAAAAAAGAGAUCCCGAGGGAGAAGACAAGCACCCUGCUCCGCCGUAAACAAGCAGGCCUUUCCUUAGCAGUGGAAGAAUGUAAGCUGGUGGCUGAACGCGGAAGCAGGACCUGUCCUGGAAUCCCAAGAACUGCACUGGCGGGCCUCCCAGGCCAAAUACUGUGCGGAGAGACGGCUGCUGUAACGACUGCCAAGACAACCCUGGGCCACGUGGCUGCUGUACGAGAAAGAGAUGCUGCUUACCUGAAAUUCAAACAAGUGCUUGAAACGGAGUUUGGCAGAACCAAGGAGGAGAACACAGCCCAUCUAAUGAAGGCUCAGCACUGGACGGACUGGUGGAAGAAAUCGAUGCAGAAAAUCAAACAACUAUACUCCUGAGUCCCUCACUUUCCUGUUACUUGUAUCUUCCUCAUGUUGUUGGUAACAGCUCUCUGUCGUUCUCUGUCUCUGUCUCUCUCAUGCAAAUGGAAAUAAAGCUGCAGUGUUUUUAAA